AGUGCCUUAUACCUGCUUGGUACUGGAAGCCUUGCAGUUAGUUAUUUUGUUCAUGGGUUGGGAAGUAUCACGAUCUAUCAGCUGCCCUUUUGCCCCCUUGUGUUUUUCAUGUUGUUUUAUGCCUGAAGGAGCCAGGAGUCAGACUAUGAGCGCAGAGUGCUCCAGUUACACCACUGCAGACAAGGUUUUGAUGGGAGCUUUCAGCUGUCCCAGGGCAGACAGCGACCUGGGGGCCAUAUACUGCUGUGGAUUUAAGGAUAUCAAGUACUGCUGUGAUGACCCUAAUAGCUUUUUCCCAUAUGAACACAGCUAUAUGUGGUGGUUGAGCGUGGGGGCACUGGUUGGUUUAUCCAUUGCAGCCGUGGUCCUGCUGGCAUUUAUCAUCACCGUAUGUGUUCUCUGCUACCUGUUCAUCAGCAACAAACCACACAAUAAACUGGACACCGGGCUGAGCCUACAGACAGCAGCCGCAGAACAGAAUUCCUUGGAGGGUCCAAGCAGAUCCAGCCAGUCCACCGCACCAAAUGGAUUCAAACGUCAUUUUCUGAGCCAUAAACUGGACUGUGAUAACCAGCCGCAGGACCCCGAUAGGUUGUUCCAGAGAUGUUUUCUGGCUACAGUGACUACAAUCAAUGUGCAAGGAACUUCAUGAGCACUGAAUUCCAUAUGAUAUCUCAAUGUGUGAGAUUUCCAUCUUUUUCAACAAUAUCCUGGCUUCAGUCUUCAGAAUUUAGCAUUUUUACCACAACCUUCCCACAAUCCAUCAAUAAAAGUUCUUAUUGGUUCUUGUA